AUGCCGUCCCGACCAAAGAAUCUGUGGCGUCGCAUUCCUGGGCCACGACUUAUGCAGCUCAUCACUGCUGUGUCGGCGUGUGCCAUCGGCUAUGAAGGCAUGAGUCAAGGAGUCAUCGGCGCCGUCAAUGUCGCCCCGGAGUUCGUGCAACGCAUGGGUUACGGGGAUGAGCAAGGUCGCGUCACCAAUCCGACGAAGCAGGGUGGCAUAGUCAGCAUCUACUAUGCAGGUUCCUUAGUCGGUGCCUUCUGGGCUGGUCAAUUCGCCGAUCGUUACGGUCGUAUCAAGGGACUCUGGAUGGCGUCAUUCUGGUGUCUGCUAGGAGUUAUCUUACAAGCAGCUGCGACCGAUCUAGCUGCCAUUCUCUGUGCCCGUGUCGUUGCUGGUAUUGGGGUCGCGUUCAUCAUUGUCAUCGCUCCAAGUUGGACCGCCGAGCUGUCGCCUGCCGCUCACCGUGGCCGAGUCAUCUGUCUGACGUUCCUUGCAAAUUUCUCAUGCAUCGCUCUCGAAUCAUGGCUCGGGUUUGCCUUAUCGUUCGCCAACAGUAUUGGCGGAGGCCAAUUUCGCUGGCGCUUCCUGUUCGCCACACAGGUUAUUCCAAUAGUGCUACUUCUUCUGGGCACCAUGAUCAUUCCCGAAUCUCCUCGAUGGCUGGUCAAAGCUGGUAGACACCAAGAAGCGUUCGACAUUAUCGUCAAGCUGCGAGGUAACGAUGACAGCGAUCAUCCCGACGCCGUAAGGGAAUAUCAAGAGAUUCUGGCGGUGGUAGGUAUGGAGCAAGAGUCCUCCUCCACAAAUUACGUGAAGAUGUUCUUUGGUGUUGGGUCCGGUGAUGUCCACUUGGGCAGGCGAAUUCAACUUGUCUUCUGGCUACAGGUUUUGAUGCAGUUCGGCACGGGAAUUGCAGCCCUUGUCGUCUACUCGGGCACAUUAUUCCGCAAUGCUGGCUUCGGCGAGGUGAAAUCUGGUUGGCUUUCACCACUCAGCCUCACUGUUGGGAUUCUGGGUACCGGUAUCAACGCUUUGCUCGUCGACCGUAUCGGUAGGCGCAAGACUAUCUUUUGGGGUUCAGCGACACUGUGUGUCAUACUCUUCCUCAUCGGCGGACUGCAGCGAGCGGCUUUCAACGAUCCAGGCUCGGCACAAAGGUUGAAUAUCGGCAGUGCAUGCCUUGUCUUCGUCUACGUUCUGGUCUUCAGUGCAUCAUGGCUGAUGGUGCCAUUCAUCUACCCAACAGAGGUCUUCCCAACCUGGCUUCGCGCCAAGGGAAAUGCGUUUGGUGUAGCAGGAUGGGCAAUCGGCUACGGUGGAGGUGGGCUUCUGGUUCCCGUGAUGCUGGCUGGCAUCGGAGAAAAAACCUUCUAUGUGUUCGGCGCGGCGAUGAUCAGCUACAUCCCGCUGACAUAUAUUUUUGUUCCAGAGACAGCUGGACGUUCAUUGGAGCAGAUCGAUUUUCUCUUCGCAAGUAAGAGUCCAUUCACAUGGGAUGAAGAGAAGGAGUUUAGCAAAAGAAUGCGUGAUCUCGAGUUCCGCAUUGAGGCUGGCGAAGAGAAACGCCGGCGAACCUCAAUAGAAGAAAUUGAGGGUUGUCGUCGAACUCCAAAGAUGGUCGACGUGUAG